GUCAUUCGCACUGGAACAGGAUGACGAUGUGGAUCUAUGUUCUUGCCCUGAUAGGUUGUUUUCUAAAAUUACCAACCACAAAUGGGGCUCCCCCAAUCAGGGUGGUCAACGGGGACAACAGCUGUUCUGGUCGUGUGGAGAUCUUCUAUAAUGGUCGAUGGGGAACCGUAUGUGAUGAUAACUGGGGCAUGAAUGAUGCUCAGGUGGUGUGCAGGCAGCUGGGGUGUGGUGAAGCAAUAAGUGCACUAAGCCAGGCCUACUUUGGUCAGGGAAGUGGGACGACCUGGCUGGAUGAUGUGGCGUGUAGAGGAACUGAGAGCUCUAUUACACAGUGCCCACACAGCGGAUUUGGAAAUGAAGACUGCUCAGCCAGUGAAGAUGCAGGUGUGGUCUGUGCAGUUCAGAACAACAUCCGCCUUACUGCUGGAGAUGCCUACUGCUCUGGUCGAGUAGAGGUCUAUUACGAUGAUCAAUGGGGAACCGUAUGUGAUGACGGCUGGGACAUUUCUGAUGCAGAAGUGGUGUGUAGGCAGCUGGGGUGUGGUCAAGCAGUCAAGGCCCCAGGUGGGGCCCACUUUGGUCAGGGAAGUGGGGCCACCUGGCUGGAUGAUGUUGAUUGUGUGGGAAAUGAGAGAUACCUAACACAGUGCCCACACAAUGGCUUUGGAAAGGAAAACUGUGACGCAACUGAAGAUGCAGGUGUGGUGUGUGUAGGGAAUAUGAAGAUGCCUAAUCUUUCCCUGCUCACUGCAAAUACUGCACUAUUACCCGGUGAGUCCGUGAAAUUAAAAUGCAGUAUUACAUCACAUAGACCAAUGACUGCUAACUUCACACUGUACAGAACUGGAACAUCUAAUCAGAGAGAGUCCGCGGAGCAGAUGUCUGUGACUUUCAAUCUCUUCGACCUGACUUCAUCAGACACGGGCAGCUACACCUGUGAUUAUUUUUAUCAGGGUGAACGCAAUGCCAGUUCUAUCCAGAGCAAUGCAAUCACCAUUACUGUUGUGGACCUGCAUCAACCUGGCAUCACCUGCAGUGCUCCAGAGGGAGGUCUCUCCAGAGAGCCUGGGGGUCCACACAUCACCAAGGGCUACAGCUUCACCAUCACCUGUUCCACUGCACCUCAGUUCCCUGGCGGGGCGUUCCACUUGAGAUUCGCCGGCUCCAACAGCUCCGUCACAAUCGAACCUGCCGUCAACCAUUCGGCUUCCUUCUACUUCCCUGCAGCGGAUCUUUCCCACCAGGGAAACUACAGCUGUGUUUAUCAGGUGGAGCUGUCAUCUCGCCAGUUUUACUCCAUGGAAACAGAGAAGCUUGCUGUCAUCGUCCAAGGUGGCUGUGAUAACGUUUACAGUAAGAUGUGGAUCGGUGCUUUCACCCUGAUAGGCUGCUUGCUAAAUUUGCAAACCGCAAAUGGAGCUGCACCAAUCAGGCUAGUCGAUGGAGCUACCAGCUGCUCUGGUCGAGUAGAGGUCUACUAUAGAGGUCAAUGGGGAACUGUAUGUGAUGACCGCUGGGAUCUUUCUGAUGCUGAAGUGGUGUGCAGGCAGCUGGGGUGUGGUGAAGCGAUCAGUGCCCCAGGUGUGGCCCACUUUGGUGAAGGAAGUGGGAAGAUCUGGCUGGAUGAGGUUCGUUGCCUUGGUGUUGAGAGCUCAAUAACAGACUGUUCACACAAUGGAUUUGGAAAUCAUGACUGCUCAGCCAGUGAAGAUGCAGGUGUCGAGUGUUCAGAUGUUAUCUCAAUCAGGGUGGUCAAUGGGGACAACAGUUGCUCUGGACGUGUGGAGAUCUACAACAAUGAGGAAUGGGGAACUAUCUGUGAUGAUUCCUGGGACAUGAAAGAUGCCCAAGUGGUGUGCAGGCAGCUGGGGUGUGGUGAGGCGAUCACUGCACUAAGCCUGGCCUACUUUGGUCAAGGAAGUGGGACAACCUGGCUUGAUGAUGUUGGGUGUAAAGGUACUGAGAACUCAAUCGCACAGUGUCCACACAACGGAUUUGGAGUUGAAAACUGUGGUGCACAUGAAGAUGCAGGUGUGGUCUGUACAGUUAAGAACGAUAUCCAGCUCGUUGAUGGUGGUGAUGCAUACUGCUCUGGUCGGGUGGAGGUGUAUCACAGUGAUCAAUGGGGAACCGUGUGUGAUGAUUCCUGGGACAUAAAUGAUGCUGAAGUGGUGUGCAGACAGCUGGGGUGUGGUCAAGCAGUCAGUGCCCCAGGUGGCGCCCACUUUGGCCAGGGAAGGGGGAUGACCUGGUUGGAUGAGGUUGCGUGUAGAGGUACUGAGAGCUCUAUAACACAGUGUCCACACAAUGGAUUUGGAAUUGAAAACUGCGCAGCCAGUGAAGAUGCAGGUGUGGUCUGUGUAGGGGAAAUGAGGAGGCCUAAUCUCACCUUACUCACGGCAAAUACUGCUUUUUUACCCGGAGAGUCAGCAGAACUCAGAUGCUGUUUUACAUCUCACAGACCAAUGACCGCUAACUUCAACCUGAAUAGAAUGGGGAGAUCUGAGCAGACAGAGUCACAGGAGCAGACUUCUGUGACAUUCAACCUCUUCAAUUUGACUUCAUCAGAUGAGGGCAGCUACAGUUGUAAUUAUUAUUACCAGGGCCAACGCAAUGCCAGCUCUGACCAGAGUAAUACAGUCACCAUUACCGUUGUGGACCUGCAUCAACCUGGCAUCACCUGCAGUGCUCCAGAGGGAGGUCUCUCCAGAGAGCCUGGGGGUCCACAGAUCACCAAGGGCUACAGCUUCACCAUCACCUGUUCCACUGCACCUCAGUUCCCUGACGGGAUGUUCCACUUGAGAUUCUCCGGCUCCAACAGCUCCAUCACGACUGAGCCUGCCGUCAACCAUUCCGCUUCCUUCUACUUCCCUACAGCGGAUCUUUCCCACCAGGGAAACUACAGCUGUGUGUAUCAGGUGGAGCUGUCAUCUCGCCAGUUCUACUCCAUGGAAACAGAGAUGCUCGCUGUCACCGUCCAAGGGAACCUGUUGCCUUUCAUUGUUGCUGGAGUGGUGGGUGGUGUCCUAUUGCUCCUGCUGUUGGGGUCGACCUACAUCUUCUGCACUAAGAGGAGACAGAGCAGUACAGCACGGGUAACUUGGGAGUGCAGUAGAGAAUCUGUUACGAUGAACACAUAUGGGAAAAGAAACCUGACGAAGAGUGAACCAAGGAAAGGUGAAGAUGAAGAUGAUGAUGAUUACCUUUCAGUAGACCCGCAAGAAGAUGAGGAUGACUAUGAAAAUGUGGAAAUGGAAGACCAUGAUGAAGAUAUCUAUGAAAAUGUAGAAAUUGAAGAUCAAGAGCAGGAUGAGAGCAUUUAUGCUAAUGCAUAGGCUAAUACAGAUAUAUAUUUUCAGUGGGUGCCUCUAUGUCUUGAUUGUGAAACUCACUCCCACUGUUUAAAAGACUAUUAUUGAAAAGGCAUGCAAAAACAAUGUACAGUAUAUGUACAGUAUAUACUGUAAGUAAAACUUGGACUUACUUUUAGAGAAUAUUUGUACUUGAUUAUGGGAUUAACUGAUGGUGUUUUUGUAUAAUGUUGUGUACAUUGGAUGGUAUUGCUCUGUUUUUCUAUUGUAUGUAUCUCUAUGUAUUACAUUUUGCAUUUAAAAAACAUUAUGACUUUAAGAGAUCAUGUGACUCGAUGGUAUUAAGCCACACCUGACAGAUCUCAGGUAAUGUCUGAGCGAACCUGAUGAUAAUGUAAAGGCCAAUAUACAUAUAUCAGCUAAUUGUAAUGUAAUGUAAUGUUGCAUUACCAGUAAAUCCUCUUAUUCAUUAUGCAUUCUGACAUUGGACAAUAGUGGCUAUAGAUUGAUUCACUUCAAACCUAUCGUUUGUAAUUAUUUGUUUCAUUUGUAGAUAUCUGUUGUAUUUUGUCACAAUGAUUGUGUACAAGUAAUAUAUGGCUCUUUAGCAUGUUUUUAUGUUUUUAAUAUGAUUUAUUUUUUAUGGACU